ACGAUGUGGCUGGUAGACUCGAUCAGUGAGAGGCAUUCAGGGAAAUCCACAUGAUGGUAGCAGCUGCUAAAAUGCGUGUCCCCUCCCUAACGUGACCCUCGUUUAGAUUAGGCUUAAAGGAGACGCAACAAAGCGCACAAAAUGGUUGUGCGCAAGGUUCGGGCGAAUAUGUAGGUUUACUAUAGCUUUAAGAACGCGAAAAUAGUGUCUGCUUCUUUAAAAUUAUAUCGGUUUAUUGAUGAAUAGAUAAUUAAGAAAAGUUUUCAAUUUCCAAUUACUAAAUAUAUGCAUUUAAUUUGCGACCAACUCGGUGCACUGAGAGAAAAUGUGCCACUGUUGGAUAAAGGCCGCUUGCAACCAAAACGUCUUUACACCAAAUGUGGGCCGUUUUUCUAUUAUUUACAAGUAAACCCGAUUGACUGUAAGCGGAAUUUGCGGUAGACAGAAGUGUCUUCACGGUGAUGGAACCGGCCGGCGAUCGAACCGGGGAUGUAAAUAAAGGUGAACAGCCGGCGGAGGACAAGGCCGCAGAUCAGACCCCGGCCACCAGUACGACUGUCACACCGAGGAGGGGGCUCAGAGAUCGAGGAGCGGGCCGCCCGAGGUCCGGCGUCUCCUCCUCAUCAACGGGAGUCAACGGUGCUGCGUCUAGCCCGCAGAGCUCGGGACGGGUGUUGAGGGACAGGUCAACGAGAGCAAUACCGGCCUGGUUGAAGGACAGCAAGAGCGACGACGAAGACGAGCCGAGCCCGGACGCCGGCGCGACCAAGCGGAGGAAAGUUUCAAACUUCAGACGGAAGAAAAUGACAGAACCUGCGGGUUGGACAGAGCCUGGGGGAGGUGUCGCAGGUGACAGCCUUCAAGGCACAGACUCCGAGGACGGCAAGAAUCCUUCAACAGAUGCUCAAGCUCUCCCCUCCAGACGCCCCCCAGCCCAGACUCGUGCCAAGCCCCCGUCUGGCAGAGCAAACCGCAGCUCUGCCAAGCCUGUGUGUAAAACUGAACCUGGACUGGAGAAUCCAGCUGCUGUGGAGGAAGAGGUAAACGAUAAAGAGAAGCAUGAAAUGGAAAACAAAGAGGAGGAAACUGAGGAUGUUGCAGAGCCAGUCUUGGAUGAUGAAGACCCUCCAUUUCAGGAUGAUGUUAAUGAGCUCAACUAUCAGCCUCUGAGUCAAAGCGGUGCAGAGGAAGAGGAGGGCCUCAGUAGUGAUGAAGAUGUUCCUUUUAGAGACGACUUAAAUGACCAGAGCUACGACCCUAAGGCGGAAAGGUUUGUGGAUGUACCUAAAGCAAAACGCAGAGCUCCUCCUAGACUGAAGGAAAAGAAAGAAAAAGAGAAGGAACCCAAAAAAGAGAAAGAAGUGGCCGAGAUAAAAAUAGAAGGUUCUGACAAUUUGGAAAGUGUCGAAGAUGAAGCAAAGUUAGAAGAAGAAACUGUGGAGGACCCAGACGGACCCAGGAAGAGAGGCAGACGGAAAAAGGAUGACAAAACCCCACGGCUACCAAAGAGGAGAAAGAAGCCCCCAGUGCAGUAUGUGCGCUGUGAAAUGGAAGGAUGUGGGACAGUCCUGGCUCAUCCUCGCUACCUACAGCACCAUAUAAAGUAUCAGCACUUACUCAAGAAGAAAUAUGUGUGUCCUCACCCGUCUUGUGGACGCCUUUUCCGCCUUCAGAAGCAGCUGCUGCGUCAUGCAAAGCACCACACAGACCAGAGAGACUACAUCUGUGAGUUCUGUGCUCGUGCCUUCAAGAGCUCCCACAACCUGGCUGUCCACCGCAUGAUCCACACAGGAGAGAAACCCCUACAAUGUGAGAUCUGUGGGUUUACCUGUCGCCAGAAGGCAUCUCUCAACUGGCACAUGAAGAAGCACGAUGCUGAUGCCACCUAUCAGUUCUCCUGCUCCAUCUGUGGAAAGAAGUUUGAGAAGAAGGACUGUGUGGUGGCACACAAGGCCAAGAGCCACCCAGAGGUGCUAAUUGCUGAGGCGCUGGCAGCAAAUGCCGGAGCACUCAUCACAACCCCCGCCUCCCUGCUGGAGCUGCCAGGAAACCCAAGGCACGCAGAGGUCACCAGCUUGGAUGUGAGCCAAGUGGGGAAAGACGGGCAAGUGGUACAGCUGAGCCAUGAAGGGCAAGUUGGGCAGCAGGUGGGUCAUGUGACCCAACAAGUGAGUCACCAAGUGGUUUUACUGGGACAAGACCAGAGCCUCCAUACCAUGCAGGUGCCAGUGACGAUUGCCCUGUCCCCCGCCAACCCCUCUUCCCCAGCUGACAACCAGCAGCAGACUCACCUCCAGCUGCAGAUGCCCGUCCAGUUUGUGCAGGCUGCUCAGCAGUCACAAAUCCAACAACUGACCCUCCAACCCCAGCUCCAGCCUCUGCAGUCAUAUCCGUCCCAGCAACAGGGCCAGGGGCAAACACAAAUCCUACAAAUGACCUUCCAGCCGGUCAGCCAAUCUCAAACCCACAUCCAGCAGAUCCCCAUUCUAGCGACUUCUCAACUUCACGCCCUGCAGACAUCUGCCCCGAGCCCCCAUCUCCUGUCCCAUACCCACCCCCAUUCCCAGGAUCCAACCUCCACCAACGGGGGCAGUUUUAUUCUGGACAAUACAGGGCUCACUUCCUCCUCACAUUCAGCUAACUCCCUCCAGCAGACUGCGGCUGCAGCGGAGGACGGUGUGAUCUGGGAGCAGACGGGACAAGGAGACAGCACUGAGCGACAUGUACAGCAGGCACUGAUGUAAAAAAAAAAAAAAAAAGAUUAUCGAGCACACUAAUGAGGAAAUCAUCAGUGACCUGUACUGCAACAUUUGAAGUAAAUGUAGGAUCACCAAUAUAAUAUGUACUGUUCACUUAUAGUCAUAUUUGGUAGAUUUUUAGAAUAUCUGUAUCAGGGAAAGAUAUAUAUAUAUAUGUCUUUAUGUGUAAGUUGUUGCCUUUGUAUAUAGGUCCUGUAAACUUCAACUAGCCUUUUAUGUGAGAGUGUGUGUAUUGAUGCUGAGGUCAAAUUGCAAAUCACUUGCUAAUAUGCAAUAACAUAGCAUACCUCUUAGUAAUAUUUAGCACAUCAAAUGCCAGAUGUGUGGUGAGUUCCUACUGGAAUAAAUCAAAAAUAGUUUGAUCACCAAACACAUGUUUGAAAGGUAUAAAUGUCCUCAGCAUGUGUGAGGUGAGUAGAAUCUGUGAUCACUGAAAUAAAAAACAAAACAGCCAUUCAUUUAUUGUUCAGAUCUACUGUACGUUUUCUUGAUAAGAGGAAAAAAACAAACCCAGAGAACCCUGAAAGACGGAAGACUCAAAGACCAGGAAAGGUGUAGAUGGAAUAAAAAUGUGCAUAUUUUAGAUUUUAACAGUGUCACUAAAGAUUUGUAAUAUUUGUGCAGCUCUUUGUUGAGCCUUGCUUGACUUUGAAGGACUAAUGACCCAUGUAAUGUGCAGAACAGUAUAAAAAAAUAUAUACCCAAACUGAAUUAGACAACUCGUAACUGUCUAUGACAACUGAAAUGUUAUAAAAUUUGCAUAAAGUGAGGCAAUGUACUUGAACAUUUGAAUACUAAAUCAACCACUCUCAUCUGCCAUAAAGGAUGUGUGGCA